AUGGGUCGUGCGUGGCUGUGGUUGGAGUCCAAGAGAGUCUCACCCAGCGAGUCUGUGAAGAGCAGCUGCCUGUCUCCCAGCAGCUCCUGGGACUCCAGCCUGGAGCAGGAGGUGGGGAGCUGGAGGACGAACAAAGAGGCUGCUGUGGAGGAACAAGAGGAAGAGGAUUGCAGGCUGGAGUCCAGGGAACCUCUGGUUUGGGAGGAUGGCAGUGAAGAGCUCCAGGAAGAGGCAGGGCAGUGUGAACAAGAUAGUCUUCUGCAGUUCCUCUUGGAGGUGACCCACCUCAUGGAACCUCUCUGCAUUAGUGGCACAGGUUCCACACACGAUCACUGGGCUUUCUCUGCCUUUGGGCAGCAAGAGGAAAGGGAGAUCCUGAGCUUCAAAGAAGAAAUGACAGGGCCUCCAGUUCCAAGUGGGGAAGAAAGGCAGCUGCCAGUCCUGAUGGAAGAGGCUGGGGACCUGCAAGUCCCAGGAAGAGAGGUCGGGAAGGCAAGGGUACCACAGGUCUCAGGAGAGCCACAGGUCCUGGGCUGGGAGGCUGGAGAACCUGAUGAACAGCAGAUUCUAGAAGCGGAAACAGGAGAGCUCCAGGUCCCAGGAGGGGAGGAAAGCAAUUCAGGAGCGCAGAGAGGGCUAAAUUUUCCAGUGGAGGAUGUGGAAGAAAUGGAGGAGGAAGAGAUCAGAACACUGCUGAUGGAUGAGACUUAUUCAGAUAUGAGUGCAUUGGAGGAGGCAUUCCCAGACAGUGUGAAGGGGGACGUUCUGGAGCAAUCCGAGAGCCGCUUGCUUGAGGAGGACGAGCUCUCUGCACAUGGUGACAGCAAGAGCUGCAGUGUGAGAGCAUCCCUGGCGGACUCCAGUCUCAUGAGCCCAGCCUCCUCGCCGUUGGUGCCGCUCAGCUGGGAUCGCCCACUGCGACAUUUGCUUUUCAAAAAGACACUGCUGUCCAUCUGGAAGAUGAUAGCCAGCCACAGGUGUGUGUCUGGGGCACGGCUCCGGGGCGGGGGGCCCCGGGGGGACCGCUCUCUGCGCAGGGUGCCGCUCAGCUGGGAUCGCCCACUGCGACAUUUGCUUUUCAAAAAGACACUGCUGUCCAUCUGGAAGAUGAUAGCCAGCCACAGGUACAGUGGCCCCUUCCUGAAGCCAGUCUCAGACAAGCAGGCUCCUGGAUACAAGGAUGUGGUGAGAAGACCCAUGGAUUUAACCAACAUAAAGAGGCGCCUGUCCAAGGGGCAGAUCCGGACCACAGCCCAGUUCCAGCGUGACCUCAUGCUGAUGUUCCAGAAUGCAUUGAUGUACAACAGCUCUGACCAUCACGUGCACCGCAUGGCUGUCGAAAUGCAGCGAGAGGUCCUGGAACAGCUUCAGCUGUUGGGCGAGGCCCUCCUCUGCUCAGAGGAGAGGCUGGGCUUUGGGAGGAGGUAGGGAGCCUGUGGUCAGAGCAGGGGCCCAGUUUGGAGGUGGGUAGUGCUUUCCUUCCUGCUCCGUCCCAGACCCUCUUCCCUUGCCCUAGCAACCGUUCCUUGCAGCCUUGGGAAUGGCAGCUAUUGCUCCUUGGUGCCAAGAGGCUGAAGUAAAACUACCCAUAAUUUAUUGAUUCCUGAGGCUUCCUCUGCACUGAAAAGAACACCCCCUUCUUUGGCUGGGGUGGGGGAACGCACUCUCUCAGCUGGAUGCCCCCUUUCUUGGCUGAGGCAGUGAUUUUCCCCAGUUGGAGAUCUUCCCCAGUCCAAUGAAGAAGGCUGCUGGCCUCAAAUAAAGGCUCCAUAUAGCCCUCGGUCCCAUACAGUUCCUGUACUUUGUCCCUAAUUAAUUUAGCACGGUGGAGAAUGACAGAGCAUGUAUUGAACACAAUGUCAGUCUGUGUAGUUGAAAGGACACUACAGAUAUUGGCAGAGGAAGAGCCCUACAGACUGUUUGUGAGAUGCAGGCUCUGAGUAAAGUAAUGUAAGCCUUUGAAAAGUGGCUGCCACAGCUCUUUGUUUCUACGCUGGCAUGAGGCCUGUCCAUGAGACCUUUAAGGAAAAUCUGUUUUCAUGUUGCUGUCGCCACUGAGCAGAGUUAAGGCUGUUGAGUGGUUUGUGGAGGUGCAAUCCAAGCGGUACUGUCCUGUUUGCAGUGUUCGGGUUGGGAUCGGUACAGCAGCUCGAGUGUUUUACGCUUGUAACCCGGGACAGCCGGCCUGGCUCUGGCUGCAAUAAAGCUUGGACCUCGA